AAGAAGAGAGGAGCGCGUUUCGUUUCUGCUGCGCAUGCGCAGAACGCAGGGUGAGCGCACCCCCCCUCCUCCUCGCACCCCAGGGUGCGCGGCGAGCCCAGAGUUCCCCAAGAAAACCCAGAAAGCUUCACAAAACAGCGAAUCUCCUCAAAAAAAGUAAGUUUCUUUAAAGAGACAUCGAGUUUCCUCAUAAGACAGGUUUACUCGAAGAAAAAAGCAACUUUCUUCAAAAAACUGCAAGUUUCUUCAAAAAAGAAAAUCAAGUUUACUCGAAAAAGGCAAGUUUAUUCAAAGUCCGCAAGUUUCCUCAAAAAAACCCAAGUUUCUUCGAAAAAACGGCGAGUUUCUUUGACAAAACAGCAAGUUUCUUCAAAGAAAACAGCAAGUUUACUCAAAAAAUAGUUUUCUACAAAAAAAAAAAAACCCAAGUUUACGUGGAGAAAGAGCAAGUUUCUUAAAAAACCAGCAAGUUUCAAGAAACCCAAUUUUUAAAAACCAACCAGCUUCUGAAAAAGCAACAAGCUUGCAAAAAGCCGGUAUUUUCCCCCUAAGAGCAGAAGUUUCGCAAAAAAAAAAAAAAAAGAAAAAAACGGCAACUUCCCGAAAACGGUGGAUUUGGGACAAAGGCAGCGAGUGUCUGACAGAGCAGCAGGUUUGGGAAGGGAACCCAGUGAGUUUGUGAAGAAAUUGUGAAGAAAAGGCAAGUUUUGGAUGAAGCAGAGUAAUUCUAAAGGAAAAUAAAGGUGUUUACAUCCCACAGUUUUGCUGCUGCUGGAUGCUGAUAAAGGUCCCUCAGCCAUGGGUGUGCGGCAUUGGAGGGUUCUCCCACUCGGGAAUCUUUCUGACUGUCCCAAUGGCUCCCGCUGGGUGAUGGACGUGUUCAAUGAAUGUGCCCAAGAUGGCUGGGACAUCACCAGUGUCGUCCUGGGUCUGGUAUCCAUCUUCUGCUUUGCAGCUGCCUCUUUUCCGCAGUUUUACCAGGCCUGCAAAACAGGUAUCAUGGACCGGGCUCUCUCCAUAUAUUUCCUGCUGGGAUGGCUGGGCGGAGACCUUCUAAACCUCGUCGGUUCCUUCCUGGCUGACCAGUUACCACUUCAGGUGUACACAGCAGUUUACUAUGUGCUGGCAGACCUGGUGAUGCUCUCUCUCUACGGUUACUACAGAGUGAAGAACCGAGGUGAAGGAUUCGCCACCCCGAUCAACGCAGCCUUCACCUUCCUUUCCGUGGGAACAGUGUCAGUUGUCUCCUUCCUGGGCAGAGAUGCUGCUGCAGCACCGGAUGUGUUUGUGUUUAAAGGGAGAUCUCUGCUCUCCGCUGGCCUGGAUGAGCUUGGGACAAAGGGGGCUGCCUCUGCGCCCCCCCGCUUUGCCUUGCAGCCUUUCACCAGGAGUGAGAUCAUUGGCUUCACCAUCGGCUCCAUCUCCUCUGUGCUGUACUUGUGCUCCCGUGUACCUCAGAUCUACACAAACUACAAGAGGAAAUCCACUGCCGGUGUCUCCUACUCCCUCUUUGCCCUGGUGAUGCUGGGGAACUUGCUCUACGGCCUCAGUGUCCUCCUGAAGAACCCAGAGCUGGGGCAGGGCAAAGGUGACUACAUCCUGCACCACCUGCCCUGGCUGGUGGGCAGCCUGGGCGUCCUUUCCCUUGACAUCGUUAUCUCCUUCCAGUUCCUCGCUUAUCGGAGAGGGAGACACAGUACCUGCGAAGAAAGGGAUGCUCUUCUUGGCGAGCAGGGUGGCAACCUGGAGAGCUGAUGCGGGGCCCUGCCCUGGACUGAAGAGGAGGAUGUGGACGGGAAAGCUGGCUCCAGUGCCGGGCAGACUGGCCCCUGUCCCAGCAGCUCUGGGGACGGACCGUGACUUGUGCUGCUGAGGCACUGAGCCCAGCCAGGCAGCAAAGAGUGCUGCUGGAAGCCCUCGCGCCUCUUUGGUACCAAUGAUGUUGUUGGGAUAAAGAGGGAAGGACAAAUGAAUGAUAAACAGCAACCUCAAAAGGUUGCUCUGUGCUGCCCUGAUGCCCCACAGCUGAGCCAAAUCACUCCUUUACCUGCUGUCUCAAGGGUGAUUGGGAGCUUCCUGGGUACUGACAAACGUGGGAAGAGCCACCUAAAGGGCUGCAGGGAGGGCACAGAAGACUGACAUGCCAUGGACAUGAGCACCACUGACCUCUGUGGGCUUCGGCUCCGCCACGAGCUCCUUCUGCAAGGUGUGGUAGUGGCUGGAGCCAGUUUGAAAGGAAGGAGCAGCGUAACCGAAGUGUUUGGCCCUGAUACACAUCUUCAUUAGCGUGGCUCACACAGCUAUAAAAGACGUCCUUUUGCAUGUCUCUGAUAUCCCAUUGCAUGCCUCACCAUAUUUCAACAGCAUAGGCUUUCUGAGGAAGCUGCUCCAUCAGCUCCCAGCUGGGCAGGCACCUGGGCGGGAUACGCUGCCUCUCUGCUUGCUCUGGUUUUAGGGGACAGGGUGUGAUUUGACCUGGCUGCCUUGCAAAUAAGGUUAUGGUGGGAGAUCAUGUCCGGGUAGCAGCCAGCCAAGAGUGUGAAUGCCAGGAAACCUCUAAUGUGAGGAGGAAAAUAAGGAAAUGUUUCUGUGCCAGACACUGCUUGGUGAUGGUGGCCAGGGACUGGUGUUGCAGAGGCUGUUGCUGGGGUUGACGUCCCUUGAGGCUGUAAACUGGGCGAGAGCUGGAGUUACACAUGUGCACGCAUGCAUGCCUGAGCGGCACAGGAAAGCAGAAUUUGAGCACGUUAAUCAACAUAAGUGCUGGCAGCUUCAAUUUGCAUAGGUUCACCAAAAGGCCAAUUUCAAUGCUAUGUGCAGGAAGAGUCCUUCAGGGAUUUACUUCCUCAGUUUUGCUGGGAUUGCAAGUUUGCUGUAACCCCAGCGCAUGCAUGGAAGGAGCUGCGCAAGGUCCCUCUGGCCACCAAGGGUUUGAGCUUGGGGGUCUUACAAAUCGCUGUGGGACCGUGCACCAAACCUCUCUAAGAUAAUGAAGAUCCAGCCGGCCUGCAAGCAAGAGUAAAGAAAUGAAAGCACAAAAGCUUCCCUGGUUCCUGUACCCACAGAAUGAGCGGCUGGGAUCUGUGGGGCAUCUAGUGAUCACUGGACUCUGAUACACAUCCACCCACCUACAGCUGGAGCAAAUGGGAUCCGCAGGGCAUCCAGUGAUUGCUGCGCUCCGGUACAUCCACCCACCUAUGGCCAGAGUGGCUGGGAUCCACAGGGCAUCCAGGCACCUACAGUCAGAGCAGCUGCUGCCACGUGAAAGCCCAAGUAAGGCUGCAGGGGACAGGGAAUGAGGACACAACUGCACACAGAGCUUCCUGGGACUUGGUUUUAUUUGUAUUUUUUUUUGUUUUAGUUUUUUUUUUAUUUAUUUUUUAGUAUGGAGGCUCAAGUACCCGAUGUGGAUUUGAUUUAAGCUUUACAAAAAACAAAAUCAAAACAAAAACCCUUUUGCAUUCC